UUGAGCAAAAACCACUCCCCACUUUGAUAUAAAGGAAAGGGUAUUACAGUCAGUUCAUCUAGUUAUCAGACUGCUGCUCAGCCAAGAUGAAGGCCAUUGCUGUCCUUGUACUUUGCGCGACCCUGUUCUGCCAGGGAUACAGCAACUCGUCGGACUCGUGUCAAGGACGAUGUGGUUACGGAACAGACAGCAAUUUCUCCUGUCAGUGCAAUCCAGCAUGUGAGCGCUACAAUGACUGCUGUUCAGACUACAUUGAAAUAUGUAAAGGUGCAGGUGAAGCAGUAACUGAUGCAGAGAUCAAGGCUCUCUCUGAGAAACUUUAUGCUCUGGACUCCAACAAGGCUUCAGCCUCAGAGUUGAUCAUUGACAUUCAGACUCUGGUGUCCAACUCUGAGACCAGCUCUCAGAUAGAUCGCUCGCCAAAGCCGUUGUUCCGCUAUGUGGAUGAGAAUACUCUCUUUUCCAAGCCUACCUAUGCUGCUCUCCUGUCUGUGUUGGACAACUACAACAGGAUGACUGGAGUGGCGGAGGACUUCAGCUCUCAACAGCUGGCUGAGCAGGAGAAAUUUGUCAGGGAAACUAUGUCCAACACUGACCUCGGAAGGGAGUUCUUUGCUUUUCUUUACACCAAGGGCAUUUAUAAAUCUGAGGAAGAGUUCACUGAGGACCUGAAGAUGAUGUGGUUUGGUCUGUACUCUCGCAACAAACAGCUGGACUCCAGCGGCUUUGAACACAUCUUUGCAGGAGAAAUCAAGGGAGGAAAGGUGUCCGGUUUCCACAACUGGAUCAGGUUUUAUCUUACUGAGAAAAGUGGAAAGCUAAACUAUUACAGCCACAGCUUCAAUGGGCCUUGGACUACAUAUCCUGAUGUCUUGGGGAUGCAGUUCAUGUGGGACGGCUACUACAAACAGGUUGGCUCUUCAGUCAUUGGCUCCAGCCCAGAAUUCGACUUUGCCAUCUAUAGCCUCUGCUAUAUCACUCGUCCUGGAAAACAGUGUCAUCUGAGCGUGGGAGGGAAAGCACUCAUUAUUCAAACUUACACCUGGGACAAUUCCUUCUAUGGUGAUGGGAAGAAGUUCAUUGGCUCGGCCUUUCCUUCAACCCCUUAAGGAAUGAACCUAUCCUCUAAGCAACCAGCGAAUUACAGAGCAGCCUGCAAGUGUUUCAUUACACAUAAUUGUUUUGAAAUAAUUUUCCCAACAGUGGCGCUUAAGGUCAAGUUAAAAAAUUAGAAGAUAUAAUAAAAUGUAAAUUUGUCACACCAUUCCCUACAUCCUGCAAUAAAACAACGCAGAGCAAUAG